AUGGACAAGCAGAACCUCCUCGGACUUCUCCGCCUUCAUAUCAAGCGAGGCAUCAACCUCGCCAUCCGGGAUUACAAGACCAGCGACCCUUACAUCAUCGUAACCAUGGGGCGCCACAAGCUCAAGACUCGCGUGGUCAAGAAGAACUUGAACCCCGAGUGGAACGAGGAGCUCACUUUGUCGAUGUUUACGUUGGACGAGCCUAUCCUUCUCAACGUGUACGAUAAAGACCACAUCACCAACGACGACCCUAUGGGGGAUGCAGAGAUUGACAUCAAGCCCUACGUGGAGUGCCUGAAACUGGCCGCGGAGCUGGAGAGGCUCCCAGAUGGGUGUGCGCUGAAGAAAAUCCAGCCCAGCAGUAACAACUGCCUCUCCUCCGAGAGCUGCUGCACUUGGCACGAGGGCAAAAUCGUCCAGGACAUGGUACUUAAGCUGAGAAAUGUAGAGUGUGGGGAACUUGUAGUGCAGCUUGAGUGGGUGAAUAUUCCGGGUUCUAAAGGUUUAGCUGCUGCUUAG